UCAGCGUUACUCAUCGCAGUUUUGCCAUUAAUCUUGUCAGCGGAUUGCUACAAGAAUAAAUUCCUCUCGCAAAACUUGGAUUCGGAACCUUCUCUAUCAAUUCUUUACGCUCGCGACAAGAAAAGUGACUUGGUAACAAAUGAAUGCCUCAUGGAAAUGUACCCCAAGAGCCUCUACAAAUACCCCUUACAUAUAGACCGAAACGAUGUCCCCUGUAUAAUACACUGCGUGUUGAAGAAAUUUGGUAUCAUGUCCAACGAUGGCGUGAUAAAUAUAAAUAAUUAUUAUAGACGGGUCCAAGCCAUACACAGAUACGAUCCUAGAGUACUGAUUUCUGAUGUUGGGGAAACCUGCGCUCAGAAUAUAAAUGGCAUGAAUUUAGACCAUGACGUGUGUAAAAAAGCCAAAGUUUUCAACGAUUGUACACAGUUAUAUAUCAUAUCUUUUAAAGAUAUUGAUGAUUGA